CUAUAUAAGCCCAAGCAAUAUGCAUAGCAAUGACACACCAGUGCUAGAUCACAAGUCAUUUUUCAAAGCAUAAUAACAUUGAGUUGUUAUCACCACAACACCUCUUUCUUUGCAUUCCAUACUUGAAAUGGAUAGCUUAGGCCUUUCAUCAACUCUCCUAAGGUUUUUCUCUGUGCUCAUCACAAUAUUGAUCUUCUACAUCAUUGUUAAGUACCAACAUCUAAAGCGUACUAUGAAAACUAAACUAGUCUCACUCCCCCCCGGGCCAAAACCAUGGCCUAUCGUGGGGAACCUCCCUGAAAUGCUCAAACACAAGCCCACAUUCCGAUGGAUACACCAAAUGAUGGAGACAAUGAACGUGGAGAUCAUGUGUAUCCGCCUUGGGAACGUGCAUGUCAUCCCUAUCACUUCUCCAGAAAUUGCACGAGAGUUCUUGAAAAAACAAGACUCUAUCUUCUCCUCAAGGCCAUUUUGCAUGUCUGCUGAUCUCACCAGUCGGGGUUACCUAACAACAGCUUUGACCCCGUUAGGAGAACAAUGGAAGAAGAUGAGGAGAGUCCUCGCUUCCGACGUUCUCUCACCGGCAAGACAUCGCUGGCUUCACGACAAACGAGUCGAAGAAGCCGACCACAUUGUUCGUUAUGUCUACAACCAAUGCAAAAACUCCAUGAUAGGAGGUGGUGCAAGUGUUGGCAUGGUGAACAUUAGAGUCUCUGCGCAACACUAUUGUGGGAAUGUGAUAAAGAAGAUGAUCUUCAACAAGAGGUUUUUCGGGGAGGGAAGGGAAGAUGGAAGUCCAGGUGUGGAGGAGGAAGAGCACAUGAGUGCAUUAUUCACCAUCCUUGGGUACAUUUAUUCAUUCUGUGUCUCUGAUUACAUACCAUUCUUACGAGGACUUGUUGACUUAGAUGGUCAUGAGAAAGUCAUGAGGAAGGCUGUUGGAACCGUAGCAAAAUAUCAAGAUCCUGAAAUUGACGAGAGGAUCAAACAGUGGAUGGAUGGUAAUAUUGCUACCAAGAAAGAGCAAGAGGACUUGCUUGAUGUGCUCAUUAUGCUCAAAGACGCAAAUGGUGGUCCAUUGCUAUCAACAGAGGAGAUCAAAGCACAAAUUGUAGUAAGUAUUUCCCUGACUUAAUAAGUAAAUAAUAAUAAAUAAAGAGCCCAAAAAAA